AUCAGCCCCUCGUUUUGGGGGCUGCUUCAUCAUAAAGCAGCGAGGAUACUGCUUGGUCCAAAUCCAGCUAACACUGAAACAUGGCACCCAAGAAAGCAAAGAAGAGAGCGGAGGGAGCCAGCUCCAAUGUGUUCUCCAUGUUCGAACAGGCCCAGAUCCAGGAGUUCAAAGAAGCGUUCACUAUCAUGGACCAAAACAGAGAUGGCUUCAUUGACAAGAACGACCUCAGGGACACCUUUGCAGCUUUAGGCCGUUUAAAUGUCAAACAAGAAGAGAUUGAUGACAUGCUGAAGGAGGCACCAGGGCCCAUUAAUUUCACUGUCUUUCUCACCAUGUUUGGAGAGAAACUAAAAGGUGCUGACCCAGAGGAGACUAUCCUUAAUGCUUUUAAAGUCUUUGACCCUGAGGGAAAAGGAACACUAAAGAAAGAGUUUGUGACAGAGAUGCUGACGACCCAGGCUGACAGAUUCUCUGCUGAAGAGAUGGAGCAGAUGUUUCAGGCGUUCCCUCCAGAUGUAGCAGGGAACCUGGACUACAAGAACCUCGUCUACGUCAUCACACACGGUGAAGAGAAAGACCAGGAAUAAUCACAUCCUCCCUCACUGGGUCGUAUUUGUGCUGAGAUAUGAUCACAUAUGACAGCAAAAACAGAAAGCAAAAACGUAAAUAACUUCAGCUUCAGUUUUUGAAUAUGCACAUGGAUCAAUGUGUUCAUUCAUUCAUGAUUAUAACAUGUAUAUGUAUGUAUAUUAUUUGAAUAUAUAUGAGUAAUCUCUUCAAAGUUGAAAUUAAGAGUUUGACCUCGGAUGUUUUUGACAAAUCAAUAAAGAAAGAUUCAACCUCAGAGAGAUGCAUUGAA